GUUCAACGUGAAAAAACCAUUUCCUUUCAAAACAGGAAAAGGAGGACUCUGCAGCGGUGGAGCUGGCUAAUAACUGUUGGAAUUAGCUUGCGUAAAACAAUAAACAUUGCAUAUUUAUAAAAAAAAAUACGUUCCAGUCUUUCUCGCCAGGGGCCUCAGCCGGAGUCCUGCGGCCGUGGAUGGAAGUGGAGAUCAGCAGGGAUAUGGGUCCUGAGAGAAUCUUACCGAACUCCGAGGAAGAACUGGGCCAGGAGCGCUUGUCGGAUGGAGGGGCCGUGGAAGUCGGCGGCGAGUGGAGCGGCGAGGAUCCCGAGGAAGACGAGGGCGGUAUUGGGGAAGACGAGGAUACUGGAGGCGGAGGUUACUAUUACCAACCAUUGAACCAGGAUCCCGAAGGGACGUUAAACUUCGGUCAGACAGAGCACUCUGAGGACGUGGGCUCCUCGCACGCAGAACAACUUCAGGAUGUUCAGGAAAGGAUAGAGGCGAUGGGUCUCUUCCUGCCCCAGCCCCCUCCCCCGGACAGCGACGAGGAGGAGGACCCCCCCGACGGGGCAGGGGCCCGCCCCAGCCAGCCCUCCAUCCCCAUGGACGCAGAUCACGUGGAGCUGGUGAAGAGGACCAUGGCUGCAGUCAACCUGCCCUCCCUGGGCAUUCCCGCCUGGGCCCAGGAGAUCUCGGACGACCAAUGGAAGGACAUGGUCCAGCAGACCCUCCAAUCACGACAGAGCUCCGCCGGGCUGCGGCUGCAGCGCAAGUGAGCCGGCCUGUGGUGAAGGACUUAGGGGAGGAGCUUAAACAGGCCUGCAUCAGGAACCCCCAACCACACCUGCUCCUCCUGAAUUCCACUGCUAUAUACAUGUACCUGUGUGUGUAUGUGUGUGUGUAUGUAUAUAUAAAUACACACACACACAAACGCACACGCACAGACACACACAUCACACACAAACAGACACACACACACACACACACACGCACAUGCGUGGAUGCACACACACACACACACACAGUGGCUGUUCCAUUACCAGGUCGCUUUUUAUGUGUUAAUUAUCCAAGCUGGUCAAUCAGAAUGGGUUUGUAUCUCCCAAGUUUUAAUUUGAUUAUUUUGUGAUUGUGUGUCGGUGGUGUUUGUUUUGUGUCACAAAGUGCAAUAAAUGCCAUUGGUCACUUUGUGAA